AUGCUAUAUACCAUAGCUCAGAAGGCCUGCGGGACUGGCCAGCAUGCUGCCAUAGCUCAGAAGGCCUGCGGGACUGGCCAGCAUGCUGCCAUAGCUCAGAAGACCUGCGGGACUGGCCAGCAUGCUGACCAUAGCUCAGAAGGCCUGCGGGACUGGCCAGCAUGCUACCAUAGCUCAGAAGACCUGCGGGACUGGCCAGCCAUGCUAUAUACCAUAGCUCAGAAGGCCUGCGGGACUGGCCAGCAUGCUACCAUAGCUCAGAAGGCCUGCGGGACUGGCCAGCAUGCUGCCAUAGCUCAGAAGACCUGCAAGACUGCACCGUUAAAGCCAUUCUUCAAGAGUGCGAAUAACAAAAGCUUCGAAGUGCCAACACUCACUCAAACCAACCAAAACCCCACCACUAGUUCUUUAUCAAUCCCUCCCUGCCCCAUGGCUGUCCCUACUACGUCAACCCAUCACAUAGCGAGAAAGUUUCCGGCCCAGGAAACCUGGGACAGGUUGGAGAAGAACUCUGUCUCCGAUUCCUCCAAACGCGACCUGGAUACCCAGCCCGACUUUCUCCCUCUCUUCACCAACCACCUCAACUCUUCGGCUGCGAGCACCAGCGAGCCUACCUUCUCGACGGAGAAACGGAAGAUAAUCGCCGGGGAGAGCAUCGAGCGUUGCACCCCGUGGCGGACGAAGGAAUACAACUGCGACCCGGUAGGCCUGCACGAAGAGAUAGAAGAUUUCUUCAAAUACAUGACCCCUAGACCCUCAGAAUUUCGGAUGCGCCUCGAAGUCGCCGAUCGGAUAUCUCAGAUUCUCAGACGAAACUUCCUCCAGCUCCACCCACGCAACGCCGCAAACGACCCGGACGCGAACCUCGGCGUGCUCCUAAUAGAAUUCUUCGAGCUCUUCGGUCGCAACUUCAACUACAUGAAGACGGCAAUCACGGUCCUCGACGGGGGGUCCUACUUCUCAAAAGAGGACAUCCCGGAUCACGAAAACGCCAUUCUCUACAUCGUGGAUCCCACUAAUACCAAGGAGAACGCCAGUCGCGGUUGCUACGGCAUGUGGCAGGUGAAGAUGGCCUUCGAGCAGGCCUUCCUGAAGCUGCACAGACGCACACUGACGCGAGAGACACCAAGUCCUCGACAAGAGAGUCUGCUGGCCGAGAUCGUCGAG